AUGGAUGAUCUUCAAGCUUUUCUUUCCCCACCACCUCAUUUUCCUAGUCUUAAGUCCAGCAUCGAUACGACUAAUCAAGUAUUUCUGAUGUUUUUCUUCGCUGUAGUUUUAUGCUUCACAUUCACAUUUGCAAUUGCCCUCAUUCAGACCUCGCUCAGCGUGUUGGUUUCCUGUCUCUCAUUAUAUACGCGUAACGAUGAUCAUGAAGCAGGAGACACAAUUAACCGAACCUGGAUUGAUCCUGCUUCAUCUCAGCAAGAUGCAGAAUCUCCAGCUCCAGUCAGGAACGUUACAUUGUUGCAAAUACUGUUGGUGGAAGUAUUGGAUAGACGUACGGUGGAGUCGGAGGAGGUCCAAGGACAACGGCAGAAUCUACGAAACCUGGAUUUACUACCUCCGGCUAUAAAUUACAGGCGCCAGGACAUAACAUCAAGUCAUAGUGAAUGCGCCAUCUGCUUGGAGGAAUUCAUAGAUGGGGAGUCAUGUCGGGUUUUUCAUGCGUGCAAGCACCUCUUCCACUCCGCUUGUAUUGACAAAUGGCUCAGGCUCAAUCCGAGUUGCCCCAUCUGUCGCAACUUUGUAAUCGAUGUAUGA